CCGGCCUCCCCUCCCCCAACCCAUAGCCAGGCCCCCCCAUCCCCCAACCGGGCCCCGGCCCGGCCCCCCCUCCCCAACCCAUAGCCAGGCCCUGCUUCCUCCCCGAGACCGGCCCCGUCCCCUCCCCAACCCAUAGCCCGGCUCCCCCAACCCAUAGCCAGGCCCUGCUUCCUCCCCGAGACCGGCCCCGUCCCCUCUCCAACCCAUAGCCAACCCCCCCAACCGGGCCCCGGCCCCGGCCUGGCCCCCCCUUCCCCCAACCCAUAGCCAGGUCCUGCUCCCCUAACCCUUUGCCAGAGCCCUGCCCCUCCCCCUCCCAGGACAGGCCCUGCUCCUGCCCUGAACCCGCUUCUCCCCUCUCCUGUGCAGGCCCAGGGUUCCUGGCCAUCAGACCCAAGGCCUCCCUUACCCCCUGCUCGGUCUCGUCCCCUGUGGUUAGGGGAUUGCUCCUGGAUCUUCCGUCCCUAGUGCAGGUGCCUGGCGACCCAGCCCAGCCUGCACCUGCCCAGCUCUCCUUUUCUGGCCCUUCAGGGUCAUGGCCAUGCUCUCGCUCCCUCCCCGCUACCUGAGAGAGGCUGAACCUGCCUGAACCGCCAGGUUUAGCUUUAACGGUGCCUGGCAUGUAGGGAGAGUCGUGAGCUGUAUUUGGGGGGGCAGGGAGCAGUGUCUUUUCUGGGGUUCACCCAGAAUUUCUUUGUCGGGCCCUUGCCGACACACAUUCUAGGCUUGCAUGAAAUACUCUUGCUAUGUUUAAUUUUUAAUUAAAACAAACAUGCGUGUACUGGGAGGAAUGGAGUGGAUGAAGUCUGAUCUGAGCUGUCUUUAGUUCAGAGUAAUAAGAUGCAAGAGGGUGAGAUCAGUUAUAAAUGGCACCUCUUGAAUUUAAAUUGUAAUUUUUCUCAGUCUCUCAGCAAAUCUACAGAGCCAGUUUCCCAGGUGCUGCUGGGCCUGUGUGGUGGAUAGAAGUAGGAAAGGUUCACCCUGAACAAAAACAAGAUGUCGGAUAAGGGGAGUAGCACGGAGGGAAAAACAGACAUAGCCAAUGGGAGCUUAUCCAGCAGCCCCGAAGAAAUGUCUGGAGCAGAGGAGGGGCGAGAGACCUCCUCGGGCAUCGAAGUAGAGGCCUCUGACCUCAGCCUGAGCCUCACUGGGGAUGACAUAGGGCCCAACCGCACCAGCACAGAGAGCCGGGACACGGACACAGAGAGCUCGGGAGAGGAAAAGGACUCUGACAGUAUGGAUGACACAGGCCACUACUCAAUCAAUGAGGAGAACCGGGCCCACGACCGGUCCCACUCGGAGGAGGAGGAGGAGGAGGAGCAGCGGUCCCGGCGGCGUGCCCAGCGCAAACGUGCCAACCAUGAUCAAGACUCCUCGGAUGAUGAGCGGGCGCUGGAGGACUGGGUGUCCUCUGAGACGACUGCUCUUCCUCUGCCCCGCUGGCAGGCUGUGCGUGCCCUCCGGGAAAGGGAGCUGGGCUUCAGCUCACGCUUUGUCUACGAGGCCUGCGGGGCCAGGGUCUUUGUGCAACGUUUCCACCUCCAGCACGGCCUAGAGGGGCAUGGCGGCUGUGUCAAUACCUUGCACUUUAACCAGCGUGGCACAUGGCUGGCCAGCGGCAGCGAUGACCUUAAGGUGGUGGUUUGGGACUGGGUCAGGAGGCAGCCAGUCCUGGAGUUUGAGAGCGGCCACAAGAGCAACGUCUUCCAGGCCAAGUUCCUCCCCAACAGUGGCGACUCGACUCUAGCCAUGUGCGCUCGGGAUGGCCAAGUCCGGGUAGCCGAACUCUCCGCCACCCAGUGCUGCAGAAACACCAAGCGCGUGGCACAGCACAAGGGAGCCUCACAUAAGCUGGCCCUAGAGCCGGAUUCUCCAUGCACUUUCUUAUCAGCUGGCGAAGAUGCUGUGGUCUUCACCAUUGACCUGAGACAAGACCGCCCUGCUUCGAAAUUGGUUGUGACUAAGGAGAAAGAAAAGAAAGUGGGUCUCUACACCAUUUAUGUGAAUCCUUCUAAUACACACCACUUUGCUGUGGGCGGCAGGGAUCAGUUUGUCAGGAUUUAUGAUCAGCGGAAAAUAGAUGAAAAUGAAAACAAUGGCGUGCUUAAGAAGUUCUGUCCUCACCACCUGGUAAACAGCGAGUCCAAAGCUAACAUCACCUGUCUCGUGUACAGCCAUGAUGGAUCAGACCUCUUGGCUAGCUACAAUGAUGAAGACAUCUAUCUUUUCAACUCCUCUCACAGCGACGGGGCAGAGUACAUCAAGAGAUACAAGGGACAUCGCAAUAAUGCCACAGUGAAGGGUGUUAAUUUCUAUGGCCCAAAGAGUGAGUUCGUGGUGAGUGGCAGUGACUGUGGACACAUCUUCCUGUGGGAGAAGUCAUCCUGCCAGAUUGUGCAGUUCAUGGAGGGCGAUAAAGGAGGAGUGGUAAACUGCCUGGAGCCUCACCCUCACCUUCCUGUCCUGGCCACCAGUGGGCUGGAUCACGAUGUCAAGAUCUGGGCACCGACCGCGGAGGCGCCCACUGAGCUCGCCGGACUGAAGGAGGUGAUCAAGAAGAAUAAGCGGGAGCGAGAUGAGGACAGCUUGCACCACACUGACCUGUUUGACAGCCACAUGCUGUGGUUCCUCAUGCACCAUCUCAGACAGAGACGUCAUCACAGGCGCCGAAGAGAACCCGGAGCAACAGACGGUGACUCGGAUGAGUCCCCCAGCUCCUCUGAGACCUCUGACGAUGAAGAGGAGGGUCCAGAUCGGGUGCAGUGCAUGCCUUCAUGAGGCCACCGAGGACAGAGAACCCCUUGGAAGGGUGGGGUGAAGGGAGGAGACAAAAAAAACAAACAAAAAACCUCUAACACUUUCAGCUUUUUAUUGGAAUGUUAAGGAACCCCCAACUCCUCCUCCCUCCCCCAUGGUCCCUGGGGUGACCAGCUCAGCAAGAUUGCACUUUGGACUUGCCUUUGCUUUAGGGGCUUUAGGAGCCCUUGCCAGGAAGGGGAGGGGGCGGAGUGUCAGAGAAAGUGAGAGACAGAGCAUUAGCCCCUGGUCUCCCCAUGUGGAACUGCCUGGAGGAAGGAGACAGGUGGAGAGGCCUGUGUUCUUUUGGUACUAGAAGGUUUUUCUGGAGGAGGGCGCGCUUGGCUUCCAUGCAUGCCUCUUCUCAAGAGCUUCUCUUGAGCCUGCGUUGAGUUGUUUUUUUUUUUUUUUUUUUGUUUGUUUGUUUUUUUCCUUCCUCUCCUCGAGCUGUUGGUGUGGGCCCGAGAGGCAUUCUGCAAGCUUGUGCUUUGAGGGGCACGGUCUCGUGCUUCUCUUGGUUUGGAUUUUCCUCCACCUGAGAGAUCUUUGACUCUGCUUCUCUCAAACUGGGGACUUUCCUCCCUUUCUAGGUUGGGUUCCCCCCUCCUCCCUCCCUGUGGUUCCUAUGAAAGGAAUACCUGAUCUAGAACGUCUCCACAGAGCUUGUGUUUUGGAUCGCCCAUGCAGAACCUGUUGUCAUGCCUACUUCCUGCCCCAGCACAGGGGUGUUUGCAAAGAGAUGCUUGCCUAGUUUGUACAUAUCAGUGAUUUGCACUUGGUUUUGACCCCUUUCUCCAGACCCUCUUGACAAAUAAAUAGAUAGCUAGGGCCCAGAUCUUGCUGUCCUUACCCUGGUAAGAUUCCAGUGGAGGGGAGUUAUUUGCCAGGGGAAGGGUGUUAGGAUCAGCCUCUUAGUGGAGAGGGGAGUAAAGGAAGGUCCUUUAAUUUUCUGUUACUUUUAAGAAAAUCUAUUGUUUUGGGAGCUGUGGCCAGGAGGUUCCCCAUCACUGUUUAGAGGCCUAAUUUUAUAUAUAUUAAACACCAAACAAACCAAACUGAACUUGGAUGUUAUCAAGUUAAAAUUAUUGUAAAAGUUUAAAUAUAUAUUAUAUAUAAAUGCAAUAAAAAAAAUGGAGCGAGA